AUGGUACCAAGCGGACGAGGACAGACCGUAUGCAUUGAUCAAGAGGCCAACCAGUUUCAGUGUAUGCCUGCUUACUCCGUCUCAUUCGUCAGAUGUCUUGAUGCCGCUCAUGAAGCUUUCAACAAAGCUGUCGAAAUCUUUGGUUCGACCAUCACCAAAGAUUUCACAAAAGAAAGGCUGCAGUUUAAGGCGCUACAAGUCUUGAAGACGUCAGGCGUUCUCAAGUCGCGUACAAUUCUAUGGAAACAUCCUGGACGUACUCGUGCAGCAGCACCCAGAAUAUGUCUCGUUAGCAUGGGCAGCGAUGAAGUUUCUGUUCGUGCCGAUCUCAUUGAAGACAUAGGGGCAUGCACGCGGACGGUUUAUGGCUUGGCUUCUGCUGUCGCUCAGGCCGAACAGCGAGAUAUUCACUUGGAAAUGCAGGAGCUGAUCAGAAGACAAAAUAACUCUGAUGCCGUACUCAAGGAGCAUACCAGUUCGGUCAAUUCGAGCGCCCACCUUGAUGCCAAUCAACGACUCUCGGACUUGCAGGUAUCACAGAUCAUGACCUUCACCUCCGGUCCCUGUAGCAUGGACGCAGUCAAGAACCUCCAAUACUGCACUUACAUGCGAAACAGAAACCGGUCAAGAUCCGUUCCGGCUCCUAAGCCUUUCUGGCUGAGGCCCAAAUUCCAGACCUGGAAAGCCACGAAAGAUUUUUCGUUGAAGACUAUCGAACAGGACACCAUCGAAACGGCGUCCGUAGUUGACUUGCUAGAAGAUCUAGUGUCUCAAGCGUUGCGGCUCAACGACGCUCUCCAUAGUGAGCGAUCCAUGGCAAUGAGCUGCACGAAGUUCCAACGCGCGGCAACGGAGAUCCAGUGGCUCGUGCUUCUCGGGUCUGUUCCCGCUGGACUACCGCCAGUAUACAUUAUCAUUGAUGUGGAAGCCGUCAGCCCACGUCUCACGAGCCUUGAUGCUGCCGUCUCACGGCCCACUGCUUUCCUAGACUUCUUCGAGUAA